AUGGCACCGCAACAGAAAAGUGCGUUGAACAUCGGCAUGGGCGCCCUGACGUUCGGCAAAGAGGGCAAAGAGGGCGCGAGUGGCCACAACCUCAAAGAUGUUGAAGCCAUCCUGGAUGUAUUCCAAGCCCAUGGGCACACCGAGGUCGACACGUCGCGUGUCUACAAUGGCGGGACGAGCGAGGAGGUCCUUGGUGCAAUCGGAUGGCAGGCGCGCGGUCUGCAGGUCGAGACGAAGCUCUACCAACCAUCGUGGCGAAAGCCGUCCCCAAAGAGUUUGCAAUCACUCACUCGCCUGAGGUGUGAUAUACGCAAGCACAUCGAAGGGUCUUUGAAGGCACUCAACACAGACCAACUUGAGCUGUGGUACCUUCAUGGGCCCGAUAGAACGACACCCUACGAAGUGACAUUGAAGGCUGUCAGUGACCUCUACAAGGAGGGCAAGUUCCGCAGUUUUGGUAUCAGCAACUACAUGACGUGGGGAGUUGCGGGAAUCGUACAGGUAUGCAGGGCCAACGGGUAUAUCCAGCCGACUGUGUACCAGGGUAUCUACAACGCUGUUCAUAGGAAAGUAGAGCCUGAGCUCUUCCCUUGCUUGCGGAAGUACGGCAUCAGCUUCUAUGAGUUCAACCCUUGUGGAGGCUUCUUCACAGGGAGAUACAACUCGCUCGACCAGGAAGUUGAGCCUGGCUCUCGGUUCGACCCCUCGAGGGUUCAGGGACGAGUAUUGGAACAAGCCAUAUUUCAAGGCACUUGCUUCGAUCCAGAAGAGAUCGCGCUGCGCUGGAUCUCGCACCACAGCCUGUUGAAGAGCGAGUACGGCGACGCGGUGAUCAUCGGCGCCUCAAGCUUGAACCACAUUGAACAGAACAUGCUCGACCUGGAGAAAGGCCCACUGCCCGAGGCUGUUGUGAAGGCUUUGGAUCAAGCUUGGCUGUCGGUCCUGCCUUACGCCGCAAACUACUUCCAUCGACGCGAUAUACUGCGAGUGGCAGAAAACGAGAUCGAUACUACUACGCAGUUGAUACAGUCACUAGACACGUUGAGGGCCCGUUUCCGAAGGCUUGCUGGUUCUCGUGCCAGUGGGCUGUAUCGUACCUUCGAGACGUGCCGUCCCAUAUCCAUGCCUCCUGCCUGCUUGCCACCAGAGCUUCUGCAGAAUAUCUUCCAGAACUUAUGUCCUCAUUCUCUCCCUCGCGACCCGGGCCCCGAUGACUUCAGGCUCAUCCGCAGUAUCCACAACAGCCGCCGUUCCUCCUCUGAAGCUCAGCAUCGACGACAGACCCUCGCUGUGUGCGCACGAGCGUGUCGCGCCUUUUGGGAGCCAGCGGUACGGGUUCUAUGGAGAGAGCAGAAUCUCGUCGACUUCCUAGAUGCUGUUCUAGACCCGAACGCCGAGUUCGGUGCUGUCAAGGGGCCUGCACCUGUUGACGAUAUAUAUGGAGCUGUUCACGGAGGCGAUGCAUAUGAAUCCGACGAUACAAACGAAGACCUGGCUGAGGCAGACUCUUAUCAGGGCCCAUAUACCUAUCGGUAUCUGUCAGGCCGUAUUUCACCGGAAGAUUGGUCACGCUUCCAGCGCUAUGCACCAUUCGUUCAGGUGCUCCGAUAUCCUAGGAACCGGUGGAUUAUCGACCCUUCUGUCUUCCUGUAUAUUCUGCAGUACGCACAUGGCAAGCCGCUCUUCCUGAACGUGCGUGAGCUCGUCUGGGAGCACGCCACACCCGAGAUUAUAUCAGUCAUCUCGCCGUCGAUUCGCGUUCUGCGUCUACCAGAAGACAGCACACAGCAAGAGAAUUGCGGACUGGUCCAGGAAUUCGCGUACCGCAUGCGGCGGCAUGCCCUAAAAUCAUCGCUUCCCUCUAUUGUCAAGGACCUUCCCAAUCUCGAGGAGCUUGAACUACGAUCACUGGGUCACAGCCAAUUCUGGACCGACCUCGAGGCAUCGAGGGAACCCCACCAGUCUUAUCUACCGAAACGAAUCCACACCCUCCGCAUCUACGAAUCACAACGUGUUCUUCAAGCUGCCCUUGCUGUCGUUUCAAAAAUCGAGGGAUUGUCCACGCUCGAGAUAUCCCUAUUCCAUGCCCGUGCCACCACUGACGGGGACACGAAGCCGUUGAAUGACCUCCAGGUGAACACGUCGGCUGCUGUUCGACCGUUUACGAAUCUCCGACGCCUGCGGAUCAAUGGGCCGAUGUCGGGUGUAAGAACCCUUCUCAACGCCUUCGUUACCCCUGGACUGGAGGACGUGGAGCUUCAUUGUGAAUAUGACCUAGACGACAGUUCGGACACGGCGGAGGACGUGCUUCACACGACCUUUGAUCUAUUGCGUCGCCAUUAUGCAGCGUCUCUGACGAGACUUCAUUUCACCCUCUGCGACACAUAUGUUUCCUUCUUCCCGAACUCUCCAUCCAGUGGCGCUCAGUUUCUUGAACCAGGGGCCCCGCUACUCGCACUUCGUCACCUCCGGGAAGUGGAGAUACUCCAGCAUGCCACGGACGAUGAAAUCUACUCCGAUGCUAGCAUCCUCCGCUUACUGGAGGCGUGGCCUGCGUUACAAAAACUGAUCCUACCUAGAAUCAUCUUUUCCCCUUGCAUGCUUCAACGCAUCGCGCGCACAUGCCUUGGGCUCCGAACCUUCAUGGCGGCGGGGUUUUCUUCACACUUUGUCGAGGAGCUCUCCACGAUGUCUGUCAAAGACUCUGCCCUUCAAAGCAGUGUAGAAUGCGUCGCGGGAGCAAAGCCUGCACUUCGGGAGAUCCGUUUCCAAGAAGUGUUCGAUCUUGAACAUACAACCGACUCGGACGUCAGCAGGAUUGCAUCUUUCCUCGACUCACUCUUCCCCCACCUUGACGUUGCACAGUGCUUUGUGCCAUGCUUCGCCAGGGCCACUCCAAGCUACAUGAAACAAUCCCUCCGUUAUUGUGAGAUGGCCAAUGAGAUCUUGGAGAAAGUCAAGUUGCUGCAGCUUGCGCGAAAAGCGAGAUCAAUAGCAGAGCAGUCCUCAGGUGCUGGCGUUACCACUGAUGAGCGGAACCGAUGA